AACACACAUCAACUUACAACUAUCAGGAAGACGCUUGCAGAAAUUGAUGUGCUCGGUGAGCUUUUACCAGAUGGCACACUAGUGGUUGAAGGUCAAGUUGUUGCAGUUGUCUACUUUAGAGCAGGAUAUGCUCCUAGUGAUUAUCACUCUGAAUCUGAAUGGAGAGCAAGACUUCUUAUGGAGCAGUCGUGUGCAAUAAAGUGCCCUUCAAUAUCGUAUCACUUGGCGGGCACCAAGAAAGUUCAGCAGGAGCUUGUGAAGCCAAACGUACUUGAGAGGUUUCUUGACGACAAAGAUGACAUUGCCAAAUUGCGAAAACUCUUUGCAGGCUUAUGGAGCCUCGAUGAGGCUGAUGUCACAAGGGAUGCCAUUCAGAGGCCCGAAUUAUAUGUUAUGAAACCUCAACGAGAAGGCGGAGGCAACAAUAUCUAUGGUGAUGGUGUAAAAGAGAGUCUUGAGAAGUUGCAGAAGGAAGGCAAUGGAAACGAGGCAGCAGCGUACAUCCUCAUGCAGAGGAUCUUUCCUGCCCUGUCCAAAGCAAUCCUAAUGAGAGAUGGCAUCCCUCACAAAGAGCAAGUCGUAUCAGAACUCGGCAUAUAUGGUGCUUAUCUGAGGAGUAAAAGUGGGGUAAUAAUAAAUGAGCAUUCGGGUUACUUGAUGCGGACAAAGGUCGCCUCUUCAAAUGAGGGUGGGGUUGCCGCUGGCUUUGCGGUUCUAGACAGUAUAUACUUGGUUUGAUUGAAUACAUACAUUUUCUCGGGGGUGCUUUCUUGGAAUGUGUAUAAUAAUCAGUGCACGCUUUACAUUCUAAAAAAUGUGCAACUCUUGUUGUGCUUAGUGUGAAUGUGCAACUUUUGCCGAAACCGGUCCGGCUCUGUUUCCCCUUUCUUUGUUUAAACCGGACCCCCAAUUCAGCCAAGUAUGGUUUAUUUGCCCCAACCGGCGGGAUGUUGCCUCUGUUUGGCUAUUACUCUUUUCCCAUUUUCUAAGUUGUUGCACCCAUAAAUAGUGCUCCAUAAG